CAGCCUUCUCCGCCCACAACACAUGCCUGUGCAGCAAUGUUGCCAGCGUCAAGCUCAUUACCUCUCUACGAUACAUUGUAAAGAUGGCUGCUAGCAGCAGCCUUGUUCCCCCCAAGGACAUAUACCUGUGCGGCGGACAUGCACAUACACUUUAUCUUUUGUUAAGACCCCCUUCCAUACAAUGAAGGCUACCCCUUAUUUCCAACGCACGCUCUUGUACGACCUUAGUCCGGCGGCAACUGAACACUACGAGAGAUGUGCAGAUCAAGUAUUUGAACUAGAGUCUUCGGCAACUCGAAUAGGCGUGUGUUUCCAAAGUUGCAAGAAUGGCCCUGGAUCUGGUGAAGCCAAGAACACAACAGGACCAUUCUUCGAUGAGGGCAGUAUUGUUCCUCUCAAGAACUGUCAAGAGAUGUUGAUAUACGAACGCUUAAAGGGCUCCAGCGACGAUGAUACUGACAACUCUUCGAUCCUGAGCGUAGCUUCAAGCACUGCCUUGCCUGUCGCGAUGGAUCAGCGUCAGGAGAACUCUGGUCCACCCGUGUACCCAGGCGUUCCGAAACUAGUGUCUGGUGAAAUCACGUCAGGCGAGAUUGUGGCUUUUGUAGAACGAACGAAACACGACUUCCGGGUUUUCUACCUUCGGCAAAGGCACUCUCUGAGCCAGCUGCACAUCACGAAAGGGGAUUUCGAGUUACUGGUGCGCUCUUGUCAAGCCUUCUUGCGUUUUAACGAGUAUGUGACGGCGUUUGGCAAAAGGAGUGAAGAAACGGAAGUUGGGCCCCCUCCGCUUAAGUUUCGAGACUUGUACACAGCUCGCGGUAACGCGUACCGUGGCUUCGAGUGUGCUGACAUCUUACGAUACAUCGAAUUCACCAAUCGAGGCCGCCACAAAGAUCCAUGGUCGCUGCGGCAAUUCGGCGUUUAUCAUCGCUUCAAGAUGGGCAGUACUCCAUGUUCAACAUGUAUUCUGUCUGAUAAGGCCAAUGGUGUAAGCAUCAGCACUGAGGAUGACCCUAACAACUUCGUCAAAAUCACGCCUGACGAUCAUUUGGAGUUGAAAGACAUUGAAGAUCGUGCGACACACCUCAUCUUAUGCCUCGACUCUACCUGUGAUACAUUGACGAGUUUCGAAGAGAUGUACGAUCAGUUUUGCCAACGUCAGGACAAUAUAAGGUUGUUUCAUCCGCUCGAUGCAGUAGAUGUGGCUCUCAAAGACAAGGUGAAGGAGAUCUAG